AUGCCCGAUCUUGCGACUGUCGUACCACCACUCAUCGCCGACGACGAUGCGUGCUCGGACGAGUGCAGCAGCACCUCCGUACCCCCGCACGGACCACCACCAUCGACGAUAACGCCGCCGCCGCCAACGACGUCAACGCUCGGUCCUCUGCUCGCGAUCGCGCCCGCCGCGGUCAAGCCGUCGACGAGCAGGGAUCAUCGUAUGCAGCUCAUCAAGCUGCAAGGCCAGCUAUCGAGGGCUCUGCUUCGAUCCAAAAGAUCUUCGGCUGGCGGCGAUGAUACUCCGUUCGACUUUGACGAGCAGGGCGACGACAGCGACGAGGGGCUCGCCGACGCGGACAGGCACGGGCCUGAGCUCCGCAGUCACGCCGACAGUCAUCGUCGCGCGUCCUCGUUUGAACCUAGUACCUGGGUUCCCAUCUUUCCCGGACCUCCCACCUCGACGAUCCGACGCAGUUCCACCCCGCGCACGCUCCGAAGGCCAGCAUCAUCGUCGGGCGACGCUUCGUCGUGGCCAUCGCGGUUGUCGAUCGCGACCGCUUCAUCGAGCGGCGCCCCGCCUCCGGCCCACGAGCGCCUGGAGCCACUGGCAGGGCUGGUCGACUUGGCCCCGCGCCCUCCACGAUCCGACACGACGGAACGGUGGGCGAAUCGUGUGUUUACAAACUCGGUCCUCGAUGAACUUGUGACCUCACUACCUAAAGAUCGCGGCUCCGAGCCUUCCCCACUCGAUUCACCCCGCACGCCCUCUGUCCAGCUCAGGCAGCGCCUUGACGAGCCGAUUACACUGGUCAGCACGUCUCCAUCACCCACGAGUACGAGCUCGACCAAUCAGACCUCAAUGUUCGACAAUGCAGCUGGUGGUGCUUUGCCCUUCCCUGUGUCAACAGGGGUUUCGACGAACCCCGAGUCCGUGGCUCUUUCGGCUCCGAUUACUCGCAGUUCGUCAUCGCCGCCGGUGCACAGCGUACCACCUUCGACUGGGUUGACCUCACCCAUCCAUCUCAUGUUCACACCCCCAUCGGCCACCCAGUCUAUCCCCUCAUGGCCGGCUUCGCCCAGCUCACCUCUCUUCUACGCGAUGCCCGAACACUCGUGCUCGGCCCCACUCCUAUCCUUGGCCUGCGCGGUCGAAUGUCCCCUCGACGCGAACGUCUUGCCUGCGACCCCGGUAGGAUCGUCUUCGUCUCCCGAUGAAAAGGAUUCAGAGCAGGAAGCGGAGGAGGAGAGCAGGCACUCGAAGCGCUUCCACAGCCUGCUCGAGCUGGUCGACACCGAAGCACUCUACCUUGAGCACUUGAGGGUGCUAGUCAAGGUCAGUGCACUUGUGUGGUUCUCUAUGAGUUCCUGAACUUCGAGGUCAUGUGCAUCUGACCCAACAUUCGUUCGUAAACAUAGGUCUACUUCCACACCCUGCCCUUUUUAACCUUGCUCUCGGUCGACCAGCUGCGGACCGUCAUCCGCAAUGGCGAGGCAGUGCUCGAGUUGCACGAGCGCAUUGGCACCCGCAUCGAGGAGGUCGAGCGAGAGCUCGACUGGCGCAGGAAAGGGCAACAAUAUCAAAAGCAACGCAGCUCGCAAGUAGCUCAAGCUGCGGGUCGUAUCUCUCAGAUUUUCCUCGAUGAAGUGAGUGCACGCGUUCGGUGGAGGGGCUUCAACUUCACCGACGAAUCGCUGAUCGCCUCUCUUCGCCCACCGGUGGAUCCUUCCUUCGAUCCGCAGCUUCCGAACUUCCUCCUCUAUAAUCAAUUUUGUGCGGGCUAUGUCGAGGCAUCCGACGUUGUCAACUCGCUCAAGGACACGCCAGAAUGGGAGACGUUCGAACGUCAAUGCAGUUCGCACGCCGGCCCAGCUUCCCCAUCCAUUUCAUCGGGCGAGCAGACCCCCGUCGCUGCCACUGGACAGUCGCCAUUCUUUCCUCCUUCCCCAGCUUCCUCCUCUUCCAGGGUAUCGAUCGCCACCGCUUUCUCCCAUCCCUCGUCAUCGGUCACUCUGAACGCUCCAUCCACUUCGAGCGUAGCCGGCUCCGCCUCAGCAGUCGCGUCCGCCGCUCGCAGUCGCCUUCGGUAUGCCGACUAUGCCAUCACGCCCGUACAACGCAUUUGCCGCUACCCGCUAGUUUUCAGUCAAGUUCUCAAACAUCUUGCUCCUGGUCCGGACUACGAGGUGAUGAGGAGCGCCAGAGACGGCCUGCACAUUGUCGCUGAGGGGGUUGAUGCGGCGCAGCGAGCUCGCGCAGGCGAGAUUCGCACGAAGAUUGUCGCGACGAGGAUGGAGUUUCUCGCCCCCGCCAAUGCGGCGUUCUGCGAUGUGCUCGGACCGACGUUGCUUGUAGGAUCGCUGCACGUGCUGCACCGAUCGCACUCGGCCGACUCGGGCCUGCGCGUCAAGUACUUCGGGUAAGCACGACCUCCACGGAAGACGUGACCCUUAAGUCCGGUUUCAUUCUGAUCCAAUUAAAAUUUCUUACUCAGGUGCUUCUUGUAUCGGUCGCAUCUCAUCAUCGGCAAGAUCAAGAAGCGGGAUAGCUAUGAACCUCGGGAAUGGCUACCUUUGCGCUUGUUCGACAUUGUUGAUCUGCCCGACGGCGAAGGUGAGUCGGACUCGACCCCACCGACCUAGAUGUCUAAAGCCAUUGAUGUUGAGGCUUACGACGUCUGGUCCACAGGUGCGCUGCCUUGCUCGAUCCGCCUUUCCUGCCGCGAGCACACGUUCGAGCUGGGCUCUACUUGCGUGAACGAGAAGGCGAUCUGGCUUGAGCGACUUCUGGCCGCCAAAACCGAAUCUCAUCGAGCAUGGGACAGCCAAGAGCUUGACUCGCAGGGUCUGCCGACACUCUUCGACGAAACUCUGGUCUCCAGUCUGGUCGCGGUGACGCCGUCGACCAUGCAAAAGCGCUCGCACUCGCGAACGAACAGCGGACUGUCUCUUCCGGGCUUGUACGAACGAUCUCCUACUAAUGUGACGACCGAGGACUCGCCCACCUUGUCCGAGACCAGCCCGAUCCCGCACACUGCGACCUCGUUCAACCACGUGUCGAUGUCAUCCACGAUGUCUUCUCGCAAUCGCUUCAGCUCGACGGCCUCGGCCUUGCUCGGCAAGAGUUCGGCUGCCUCCUAUGCCGCGAUCGACUUGCGUCUCGCCGACGUCUUCUCGCAAGACUUGACCCAAGCACGACUUCUCGCCGGUCGCACUCGAUCUGCGUUCGGACCCCGUCGGAGCAUGACGAGCCAGGUGGCUUCUCUCAGUGACAAGGAGCGACGGCGCAUGUCGAGCUUUGAUCCAAUGGGCCUGUCGAGGUCAUCUCACGUUGGGGAUCCCGAUAACGCCUACUCUCCCAUUCUUUCUUCGGCGUUCGAGAACCGCAAUUGGUCCACUUCGCUUCGCAAAAGCAAGAGUGGCAGUGCCAACAACCCCAGCGCGUUCAAAAGCUCCCGCCCGAUGUUGGCCGAGAUCGACACGCAGAUGCUACCGGCGUCGAAAAAGCUGGGAUCGUGGAAAGGCAAGGCGGUCCGGCGCGCGUCUUCGCAUUCUUCCUUGCAUUCCUUGCGAGGCAUGUCGGCGAUCACCCCGACCACGCCUUCCGCCGCGACUGCAGCCUCUGCCGUGAAGGCCUCUACCACGGCUGGCGUCGACCGACAGAACUCUGUUUCGUCGUCCACGUCGGGCACCAAUUCGUCCGAGUCGCAUGGGACCACGUCGAAUACGGGCAGUGCUGGAUCGACAGAGACGCCGCCGUCCUCAAUCCCGCCGUCACCCGAUUACCGUGAUCAUCUUGAUCUUCGCGAUUUCGACGAGAGGCUCUUUGCGAUCAACUCGUCGCAUGGAACCAAAUCUGGGCAAGGAAGCGGUUCUCGUCGGAUGACGUCGACGCUCGGCGAUGUGCUCAAGCUGCGUCGACGAAGCAGUGCCUUCCUUUUGGGCAGCACGCAAGAUGACGAUCCUUCGUCGCGAGACCCGUAUUCUCGCCGCGAGACACUGCAAGAGCCCAACAACCUCGGACCGUCUAGUCUGCAACGUCGAGCUUCCGCCGCUUCUCACAAGAUUGGGGACUUCUUUUCCAAACGCGCCCACUCCACUCCCUCCCUGGCUCAGUUCUUCGCCGGCGGUCCGAAUCCCACCCCCGUCUCGUCAUCGUAUUCGGCGCCGUCUCGCUUCGCCUUCAAGUCCACGCCCGAUCUCGAGCUGCCCAGCGCGCACGAGGCCAGCGGUGAAGCAACCCAGGUAGCAAACACUCUCAGCCCCGUUUCGUCCCGCUCGUCUGCAAGUACCCCUCCCGGCUCGGGUGCCUCGAGCCCCGUGCCACCCAAAAGGUCGAGUUUCAAGCCCUCGUCAAAAUCGUCAAACUCUUCCACGUCUCCGAACGCGCUGGGACUCUUUGGCAACCGAUCAGCCUCUCGAUUCCAAUCCCAGUUCCGCCUCACUCCCAUGCCAUGA